AACAAUUGCCGAAUGUGCAUUCGGGAUCGGCGGCUGUCGACCGCCGCGACCUCCCUGCCGCCACAAUGUUAUUGGGCUGCUGCGGGGGCGCGAAUCAGCGCGGGGCAAUCACCGAACGCGCCGCUUCGGGUUUUUGUUGUUGUGGUUGACGUUCCCGCGUCGCCCCUGGCAACAACGGGGCUUGUGUACACAAAAGUAGCGCCGGCCUAUUGAGACCGCCGGGACGGCGCGCAGCGAUAUGCGUGAAGGCGGCUCAAAGUCCGUUCCGGACAACCGAGAGAAAACAAAAAAAAAUCAUUUAAAAUCAACAACAAAACGAACGAAGAGAUGCAUGCGGCAGCAUUUAGUAGUGCAAGUUAUUAAACUUUAAUAUAAACCCGGCGGUUUGCGCGCGCUCUAUAUUUACCGGCGGCGGAGCGGUGCGUAAGUCAGACAGCGGGCGGUCUCCAUGGAGACGGGAAGGCCCGCGGCCCAACUGAGAAUUUAACUUCUUUGAAGGGUCCAACCCCCUUAGCUCUCUCUCAUCUCUGUCUCUCGUCUCCCUCAUCUCUCAUCCCCUCUCUCAUCUCUCUCCUCUCAUAUCUCCUCUCUCUCACCUCCCUCACCUCCUCUCUCAUCUCUCUCAAUUCUCUCUCACAUCUCUCAUCUCCCUCAUCUCUCUCACAUCUCUCAUCUCCUCUCUCAUCUCUCCCUUAUCUCCCUCAUCUCUCUCAAUUCUUCCUCAUCUCUCUCAUCUCCUCUCAUCUCCCCUGUCGUUCCGCUUCACCGACCGAGGGCGAGCGUCGACAUCCACGUGGCGGUUUGCUCCACCGAGGGAGGCUUCUCUGUCUGUUGGAGCUUCGAGUUGUUCGCCCGGGCAAGAGAGAUGACGGCGUUUUUAGCGCAGGCCCAGAGCGAGGCCUACACCUUCACAAGUCGACCUCGACCCGUGCCGCUCCGCGCCCCCUACAGACAGCCGGACGAUGGCUCAGAUCGCUUUGGCAACAUCAUGUACGACCGGCGCGUUGUGCGUGGGAACACGUACGCGCAGCACUUGCAGCCCACGUCGGCAGGGCCAGACCCCGUGGAGCUGCAGAGGCAGCAGGAGUCGCGGCGGCGCGCCCUCGCGCGCAAGAGAGCCAAGGCCGCCCUGCGCCCCUUCUCCCCCGAGCCCGUGGAGGGCCGCAAGCACGUCGACGUACAGACCGAGUUGUACCUGGAGGAGCUGAGUGGCCGUGUGCAGGAGCGCGACUGGGGCUGUCAGACGGACGCCUUCCUCGACCGCCCCGCUAGCCCUCUCUUCAUCCCCGCCAAGAGCGGGCGCGACGCCACCACGCAGAUCCUGCCGGGCGAGCUGUUUGACUUUGAAGUGGAGGUACGGCCCCUGGUGGAGGUGCUCGUGGGCAAGACGGUGGAGCAGUCGCUGCUGGAGGUGAUGGAGGAGGAGGAGCUCGCGUCGCUGCGCGCCCAGCAGCGCGCCUUCCUGGAGCUGCGCAACGCCGAGCGCGCCGAGGCCCAGCGGCUCCACGAGCAGGACCGGAGGCUGCGCGCCGAGAAGGAUCGCCGGCGGCGGCAGCAGCAGGAGGUGGUGGCGCAGGAGAAGGAGGUGGCGGACAAGGUGGCGGCGCGGGCAUUCGCCAAACGCUACCUGGGCGACCUCAUCCCGGCCGUGUUCAGCACGCUGCGCGACACGGGAUACUUCUACGACCCCGUCGAGAGGGAUGUGGAGAAUGCGUUCAUGCCCUGGCUGAUGAACGCGGUGGAGGCAGAGCUCCAGAAGGCACUGGAGGCCCGAGCUCUCCUGGACUCGAUCAUCCGCGACGUGGCAGCUCGUAGAGAGAGGAGCUACGGAGGAGGAGAGCCUUCUGAGAGCUAAGGACACCUGAGAUGUCAUCUGAAGUGACGCCAACCCAAAACAUCUUUCCCACUCUCAGUGGUUCGGGUGGUUUGAGGGGAAUCGUAAUGGCCGCGUCAAAGCCACCGAGUUCCUGGCUUCGAAUCCAGAGCUUCCCAUUCAUGUGGUAUUGCAAAAAUAAGGCGAUGUUUUACAGAGUUUCAUACUGUUGUGCUAUAUUGGCAAUGAGUGAGCAUAACAAUAAAUGUAAUUGUCAAACAGGA